GAGCCUUUUCAUCAUAAAAACAAGCAAUAUCAAUUAAGUCAUCAAAGGUGUCUAUAGAGUUUGCUUUCUUGUUUCCUACCUUCCAGAGAAAUGACGAUGAUCAGUACUAAGAAACUCAUCAAGAUGGCCAGGAGAUGGCAAAAGUUCGUGGCCAAGCAGAGGAAGAGGAUUUCAUUACCAAGAAAUGACAGUGAUACAGACAGUCGUAGUACAUUUUCAUCUUCUAUAGUUGAGAAAGGCCAUUUUGUAGUAUAUACAGCUGAUCAAGCUCGCUUCGUCAUACCAUUGGCUUACCUUGAAAAUGAGGUUAUUAGGCAACUUUUAAACAUGUCCGAAGAAGAGUUUGGGCUACAGAGUGGCGGACCUAUUACAUUACCCUUUGAUUCAGACUUCAUGGACUACAUCAUUUCACUAAUCAAGAAAAGCGUAGCUGCUUCAGAGCUUCACAAAGCAUUGCUCCUUUCAAUUACUUCAUGUUGUUGUACAAAUUCUAAUUUGCACCAAGAAAGUAGAAACCAACAACUUCUUGUUUAUUGAGUCAUGACAUCAUAUUUUGUAAAUGAUAGCUCAAAAUAGACUAUAUGGCAGUUGAAAAAUAGGCAAGUGAAAGCUUGUAUUAUUACAGAUGGAAUAGAGCUUUAUCUUGAAAUUAACCA